UUCAAAUUUACCUAACUGAACUACAAAACCUUACUAGAGAAAAUGUCUUCAUCAGAGCAUCCUUUAAAACUAACCAAUGAAAUAAUCACUAUUUUGGCAAGUAACGAUAACAGAGAAUCUUUGGAGAAGAGUGAUAAGUUUCUGAUUGAAAAAGCUCACUUGUGCGAAGAGCAAGGAAUAAGCGUACAAGAAGCCAUACGCCAGUUGACCAAGGCGGAAAAUCAAGCUGCUCGAGAUCUAGACGACAACCAGCCUGUCAACACAGCCAGGAUUGCUGAACUAAAGCAUGAAAAUACCGUAACCAGUGAAAGAAUUGAGAAGAUUGAGCAGGAUAUUACUUUGUUGGAGAAGGCAUGUCAAGACAGUAAUCUCAAAGGUGAGAAGUUAAAAGAGAAAAAAGCUGAAGCUGUUAACAAGAAAAUAGAAGUGCUUCCGAAAACUAAAUACUAUUUCAGUCUGUUCACAAAUAUAUCACACAUCCGUUGGGAUUACAACUGCAAGCAAGAUGAAAUCAAAGGGUUUAUUGCCAGCUUGAAUAAUGUGAAACCAUUUUGUCUUGAUGAAAGACAGAACUCCAAGUAUUUUAUGGUGAAUUACUUGUGGGACCUGAUUGAUGUCUAAGAAAAAAGUUGACUCGCUGUAUAUAUGAAAAUGGUCUAAAAUUCUGAGAUGUAAUGAUUAUGAAUAACAGGACUUAACAAAUAUCAUAAUACCCUCAAUGGCUAGACAUAGAUUUUAGAUGAGGCAUAUACUGUGUUUCUAGCAUGACUUAUUAACAUGCCAUGACCAGUCAAGAGGACUGGCCUAAUAUUGUUGGAUGGACAAGUGCCAAUUGAGCAGUUUUGAAUCCCAAAUAACCACUGUGUUUCUUGAUUACAGACUCAUUUGCACAGGGUUAGCCUUGUAACAGUGUCUAAAUAUUCACAAAUACCAACGGUAAAGUUGAGAUGAAUACACAACUUCGACUUACAAUACAAACACUUCAAAACUCAGCAGACCUUUUGACUGGAAUAUGUGAAUAUUCUGCACACAAUCAAGGCAAACACUGUGUAAAUAAGUCUAAUUGAGAGAAACACGAUAUUUUGGAUCUUGAAACUGGUCUAUUUUUGCUGCAUGGCCAUUUAUUUUUGACAUUGAAUGAUGGUAAUAAUAUAUUUAGUUAUUUUAAGACUAUAUGAUAAGAAAGGUAUAUGCUUAAUUGAAGGCUUUACCUUUGUACUUAACUGAAGGCUUUACCUUUGUACUUAGUCAAGUGAAAGGCUAAAUUUCAAAACACAAGUCAAAUAUACAACUCUCAUACCUUGCUUAUUUAACAAUUAUUUGUCAAAGGUGAAGUGAUUAUCGGUGAGAUAUUUACCAAGCCACCAGUCUUCGACUUCAUAAUGACUGAGCUUAAGGGGAAUAAUAUUGUUUUAUAAUUUUAGACUUCAAUGUCAGAGGAAACUUGAAAUUCGGGAUAAAAAGAAAUUGUUUUAGUACUUUCAAUUUGAAAAACUUUGGAAAACCUUAUGAUCACCACUCCAGCAUCACAUCGCAUCUAGACUUAGCAUGGAUCGCAUGUGACUGUGUGCUGGUUUUUUCAUUGGGUUCUUGGGUAUCUCUCCCUCCACCAAACCAAACAUGAUUAAUUCCAAUUGAAUCAGUGAGUCAAUUUGCCAGGUAUGCCCUGACUUGGAUCAGCCUGUCGUUCUUCAUGGGUAUUGCUAUGGUAUAAAGUUUUUAAUGGGCUAUGAGUCAAUAACCCACAAGGUUGAAGGUCAAAAUAUGGGCUAUUGACUUAUGUAGACCAUCCAGAGGGCAAAAGAUCUAAAUGUUUUAGUCUAAACCUAAUAAUCAGUUAAAAAAUGGAUAGAUAAGAAUUGAAAUUAGGUGGAAAAUGUGAGUUAGUUGCCCUGUUUUUGGUUUUUAAAACCAGCUCUUUUAGCUUUUAGCUGGAGAGGUCUAUCACUAAAAGACCACUAGUAGAUUAGCCAAUCAGAGUGGAAGAGUUUUGAUAGACUAUUAGUAUUUAGGUUUAUCAUUAUUAUAUAGUGAUCAAGUUAAUAAUAUUAUAAUAUCAUUUGUAUCAUUUAUGCUUCACACACAGACCAACAUACUGCAAUCUAUAUUUUUUGCUAGUUUUUUAAUGAAUGCAAUUUUAGUCAGACUGGGUUCCCAAAUAAAAAAAGCUUUUAUAUAACUGACGGAAUUUUAUUUAUUUUUUAAUUAAGAGUAAACAAAUUGCAUUCUUGUGAGUUGUUUUGAACAUUAAUAAUUGUGUUGCAUGCUGCAUCUUGCUUAUUGCUUACCAAGCUUAAAUAUGUAUUAUAUUCAAUAUAUGUAAAUAAAGUCAGUGGGGCUAA